CAGUUUUUCAGUCCAACGUGCGAGUUCGAAGCGACAAGCGGUCCACUUCGCCUUAUUGGGGGCCAGGAUUUUUGAAAGUGACUAGUGACUAGUGGCAGAAUAUGUGCGGUUAGCUACGACAAUUUGCAGUGUCUCGAACCACCCAACACACACCUAAAUAGCAAUCGAAUCGAACCAGAUCAAUCCAAUCUAAUACCCACUGCCAGCUCAAGGAGAAUCGAUUUUAUAGCUUGUGGAUACGCGGCGCGGAGUCGAGCUUUUUUAAAAAUGUUUCCACCGCGGUUGCUGCGAAUCGCAUUUGUGAUAUGCCUGCUGAUUGUCUUGCUCUCGCCCUCCACAGACAGUGCACAGACCAAGACACGUCGGCGCCUGAGACGUCCCACAACAUCGGUCAGCUCGUCGAGGAGCAACCUGGUCGAGUCCAAGAAGUCCACUGAGGCUCCGGAGGCGGAGAAGCGUAUUGACCAGAUCACCUCCGCCACCACCACCAGUGUGCGCCGAACCCGUCUCCGUUCCAAGGCGAAACUGGGAGCAGCUGCAGCUGGAGGAGCAGCGGCGGCUGUUGGAGCAACUGCCCUGGUGGCCAGUGGAUCCUCGUUGAAGGGCAAGAAGACCAAGGUGGACGAUGGCACUCCAAAGAUCGUGUGCUACUACACCAACUGGUCGCAGUAUCGCGUCAAGAUUGGCAAGUUCGUUCCCGAGGAUAUUCCAGCCGAUCUCUGCACCCACAUUAUCUUCGCCUUCGGCUGGCUGAAGAAGAACAAGCUGAGCUCUUAUGAGUCCAACGAUGAGACCAAGGAUAAUGUGCCUGGACUGUACGAACGCAUGAUGGGUCUGAAGAAGGCCAAUCCGAAACUGAAGAUUCUUCUUGCUCUUGGAGGUUGGUCCUUUGGUACUCAGAAGUUCAAGGACAUGUCAGCCACGCGAUACACCCGCCAGACCUUUGUCUACUCUGCCAUUCCCUUCCUGCGCAAACGCGGCUUCGAUGGUCUCGACAUGGAUUGGGAAUACCCCAAGGGUACCGAUGACAAGAAGAACUUCGUCCUGUUGCUGAAGGAACUGCGCGAGGCCUUCGAGGCUGAGGCCCAGGAACUGAAGAAGCCGCGUCUCCUGCUCUCCGCCGCUGUGCCCGUUGGUCCCGAUAAUAUCCGUGGUGGAUAUGAUGUCCCUGCCAUUGCCAGCUAUCUGGAUUUCAUCAACCUGAUGGCCUACGAUUUCCAUGGAAAGUGGGAGCGUGAGACGGGACACAAUGCCCCACUGUAUGCUCCGUCCACCGACUCCGAGUGGCGCAAACAGUUGUCCGUGGACAACGCCGCCAGUCUGUGGGUUAAGAUGGGUGCUCCCAAGGAGAAGCUGAUCAUUGGAAUGCCCACCUACGGCAGAUCCUUUACCCUGGCCAAUACGGAUAAGCAUGGUCCCAAUGCCCCCGCCUCGGGAGGCGGACGCGAAGGUGUCUACACCAAGGAGAGUGGUUUCCUGGCUUACUACGAGAUCUGCGAAAUGCUGCUGAAUGGCGCCGUCUAUGUGUGGGAUGAGGAGAUGAAGGUUCCCUAUCUGGUCGAUGGAGAUCAGUGGGUGGGUUUCGAUGAUGAGCGCGCCAUCAGGAACAAAAUGCACUGGAUCAAGUCGAAUGGCUUUGGAGGCGCCAUGGUCUGGACCAUUGACAUGGAUGACUUCAAGGGAGAGGUGUGCGGUGGAAAUGUUAAGUACCCCCUGAUUGGAGCCAUGCGAGAGGAGCUUUUGGGCAUCUCGCGAGGCAAGGAGGCCAAGGAUGUCAACUGGACUGCCAUUGCUGCUACUUUCGAGGAUAUUGAAGAGGUUUGUUUGCUCAUUUUUUAUAGGGAAAUCGAAGACUUAUCUUCUUUAUUUAAAUUCCAGAAACCCGAACCUAUUAAGAUCUCUGUGGAUGAGGUUCUCAACAAGGUGCGCAAGCCUCAGGCGCAAAAGAAGCAGCGCAUUAAGUCUGGAGCACAUGCUGUCGAUACAAACACUCGUCCCGCCCAGGUGUUCUGUUACCUGACCAGCUGGUCGGCCAAGCGACCUGGAGCAGGCAAAUUCCAGCCGGAGAACAUUGAUCCCAAGCUGUGCACCCACAUCGUUUAUGCCUUUGCCACCCUGCAGGAUUACAAGUUGACCGAGGCCACCGAUGAUGAUCCGGAGAACUAUGAGAGUGUGAUUGCCCUUCGUGAUGCUAAUCCCGAUUUGCAGAUCCUUCUGGCCAUCGGCGGAUGGGCCUUUGGUUCCACGCCCUUCAAAGAGCUCACCUCUAAUGUGUUCCGUAUGAAUCAGUUUGUCUACGAGGCCAUCGAUUUCCUGCGCGACUAUAAAUUCAAUGGUUUGGAUGUGGACUGGGAGUAUCCCCGUGGUGCCGAGGAUCGUGUGGCCUAUGUCAGUUUGCUGAAGGAACUUCGAGUGGCUUUCGAGGGUGAGGCCAAGUCCUCUGGACUGCCACGCCUUCUGCUCACCGCCGCCGUGCCCGCCUCCUUUGAGGCCAUCGCCGCUGGCUAUGAUGUGCCUGAGAUCUCCAAGUACCUGGACUUUAUCAACGUGAUGACCUACGACUUCCAUGGACAGUGGGAACGCACAGUGGGCCACAAUUCACCGCUGUUUGCCCUAGAAUCUGCCACUGGCUACCAAAAGAAACUGACCGUUGACUACAGUGCCAGGGAGUGGGUGAAGCAGGGUGCUCCCAAGGAGAAGCUACUCAUCGGCAUGCCCACCUAUGGACGCAGUUUCGAGCUGGUCAACGACACCCAAUUCGAUAUUGGAUCCCCCUCGUCCGGCGGUGGCAAGGCGGGCAAGUUCACCAACGAGGCUGGUUUCCUCAGCUACUACGAGGUCUGCUCCUUCCUGGCGGCAGACAACACCACCCUCGUCUGGGACUCGGAGCAGCAGGUGCCCUUCGCCUACCGUGGCAACCAGUGGGUGGGCUUCGACGAUGAGCGUUCUCUCAAGACCAAGACCGAAUGGCUGAAGGAGCAGGGAUUCGGAGGCAUCAUGGUGUGGUCCAUUGACAUGGAUGACUUCUCCGGACGCUGCGGCAGUGGCAAGUACCCGCUGCUGACCGCCCUGAGCGACGAGCUGAAGGACUACAAGGUGGAGCUGGAAUACGAUGGACCCUAUGAGUCCCACGGCCCACGAGGAGCCUACACCACCAAAGAUCCUCAUGACGUGACCUGCGCCGAGGAGGACGGACACAUCAGCUACCACAAGGAUUGGGCCGACUGCACCCACUACUACAUGUGCGAGGGCGAGAGGAAGCACCACAUGCCCUGUCCCGCCAACCUGGUCUUCAAUCCCCAGGAGAACGUCUGCGAUUGGCCCGAAAAUGUCGAGGGAUGCCACACACCCACGGAGGCGCCCGCCUAAGACCCCCAUCUCUAGGAUGGAUUUGUUAAUAUUAUGAAAUCGAUGCCCUAGAUUUAGUUGUAAUGCGAAACUGCCACGAAACUCUUUUGCUGCCGCCGUCCCCUUUCCCCCCCAAAACUAACUACGAAAAAUACUCGAAAACUUGCUAAAUUUCGGCUAAAUUUUUUGUACACUAAAUAUAGGUCUAGCUAGUGCUGUAAGUAGUUUUUAUGUCUUAGUUACCAAUUCGCACCCACAACAAAGAUGAGAACGAUGAACCCACAAACCAGAACUACUUUCUGCCAGGCCCAAAACUAACUUUCGCAUUUCCGUAUGACUCGUAACAAAAAGGUUUAUAUGGAAGAUGCCCGAAACUUCCGUAUAGCAAACUGUGAUAAUCAUAAGAGACCAACACCAACCAGAAAUCGGCCUAACAAGUCACUAUCGAAAUUUUGUCUAAAAUCAAGCGAAACAGUUUUCCCUACAACACACAAAGCUUCCUGCUGCUUUUGCCCUAGCUCCUCAUCUCAUAUACGCCCCCCUAUCUGAAUAAUAAUACAAACAGGCACAGAGAAAAUUGUA